UGCCGAAGCUGCACGGAGGAAACGCGGAGCCACACAAGCAGCAGCCAAAUACGCCUGGAAUUUACCUCGAGCGUCAAAAAAGGACAGAAGAGCCUCCGCCUGUCACCUCAUGCCCCUUUAGUUGAUUCCCUCGCAGAGCGCUGGAGUCAUAAUGGAAACUGAAUGAUGAGGAGUUUGAGGCUGGACGGCAGCUGACGGACUGAACCAUGGCUCAGUUUCCCACACCCUUCGGAGGGGGGUCGGAUACAUGGGUAAUAUCUGUGGACGAGAGAGCCAAACAUGACCAGCAGUUUCACAGUCUCACCCCAACACCCGCUGGCUUCAUCACAGGUGACCAGGCAAGGAAUUUCUUCCUGCAGUCAGGUUUACCUGCCCCCAUCCUGGCCCAGAUAUGGGCUCUGGCCGACAUGAACAAUGAUGGGAAGAUGGACAUGCAUGAGUUUUCCAUCGCAAUGAAGCUGAUUAAAUUAAAGCUGCAGGGUCACCCUCUCCCUCCAUCACUGCCCCCCUCCAUGAAGCAGCAGCCCAUCUCCAUACCCCCGCAGACCCCAUUUGGGAUGCCCUCUAUGGGUGCAAUGCCAGGCCUGCCAGCAGUGCCGCCCAUGCCUCUGCCCCCUCUGCCUCCAGGAGUGCCAGGAAUGGGUGUUUCUCCUCCACUGGGCGCAUCGGUAACCCCACCCGUACCAUCCCUCGCCAACGGAGCACCCGCAAUGAUACAACCCCUGAGUGGAUUUUCACAUCCAGGUGCCGCGCUCAACAAAACCGCCUCAUUCAAUCGCUCCAGUAUCAAGCUACAGAAGGGACAGUCUGUAGAGGCACCCAGUGCUCCAGCUGCUCCUCCACCCGCUGACUGGGCCGUGUCUCAGUCCUCCAGACUCAAGUAUCGCCAGCUUUUCAACAGCCAUGAUAAAAUGAUGAGCGGUUAUCUCACAGGUCCACAAGCCAGAACUAUUCUGAUGCAGUCCAGUCUACCACAAGCCCAGCUGGCCACCAUCUGGAAUCUGUCAGAUAUAGAUCAGGACGGGAAGUUGACUGCUGAAGAGUUUAUUUUGGCCAUGCACUUGAUUGACAUGGCCAUGUCUGGUCUCCCUCUUCCCCCAUUGCUGCCGCCUGACCUUAUACCUCCAACAUUCAGGAGAAUGCGUUCUGGUAGUGGAGUGUCUGUGACCAGCAUGCACUCGACAGACUUGCGGUCUCAGGAAGAGCCAGAGGAGGAGGAGAAAGAGGCUGAGAAAAAACUUCCAGUCACGUUUGAGGAUAAGAAACGAGAGAACUUUGAGCGCGGAAACCUAGAGCUGGAGAAACGUCGACAGGCACUUCUGGAGCAGCAGAGGAAAGAGCAGGAGCGACUGGCGGCGCUGGAAAAAGAAGAGCAGGAGCGGAAGGAGAGGGAACGUCUGGAGCAGGAGAGACGCAGACAGCAGGAGCUGGACAAACAACUGGAGAGGCAGAGAGAGCUGGAGCGACAGCGGGAAGAGGAGAGACGCAAGGAGAUCGAGAGAAGAGAGGCUGCUAAACGAGAGCUGGAGCGACAGAGGCAGCUGGAGUGGGAGAGGACACGCAGACAGGAGCUGCUCACCCAGAGGAACAGAGAACAGGAGAACAUCGUCCUGCUCAAAGCACGCAAGAAAACACUGGAGUUUGAACUGGAGGCUCUGAAUGAUAAGAAGUCUCAGUUGGAGGGGAAACUGCAGGACAUUCGGUCCCGUCUCUCAAUUCAGAGGCAUGAGAUCGAGACCACCAAUAAGACGCGAGAGCUCCGCAUUGCAGAGAUCACCAGCCUGCAACAGCAGCUGCAGGAAUCUCAGCAAUGGCUGAGUCGGUUGAUUCCAGAUAAACAGUGUCUGAAUGACCAGCUGAAGCAGGUUCAGCAGAACAGUCUGCACAGAGACUCUCUGUCCAGUCUACAGAGGGCCAUUGAAAUGAAAGAAUCCACCAAACAGCAGCUGAAAGAACAGCUGGAUGCUGUGGAAAAGGAAACGCGCUCCAAGCUAUUGGAGAUCGAUGCCUUCAACACACAGCUGAAGUCAGGGAGCUCUGUGGACGAGGUGCUGUCGGACUGUCUUGCAGCACUGCUGGCCUGUUUGAAGCAUAUACACUUCUACUUCCAGGAGCUGAGAGAAAUCCACAACAAACAGCAGAGGCAGAAACAAAAGGACCUGGAGGCUGACAUCACCCAGCCGUCACAUGACAGAAAGUCCAUAGACUCACAAGACUUGAGGUUGUCGGGGACUGAUGAUGGCGUGUCUCCAGCGUGGAGGGAUGAUGGACUGGGUAAAGCUCCUACUCCUCCUGUGUCUCAGGCCUGGAUGAGCCGAGUGAGUGAAGAAGAGAACCACAGUCGAGCAGAAAUACAGGAUAACCUCUCUAAACUCUUCACCCAACAUCCACAAGCAGGAAAAAUACAGGCUCAGUCUCCCUGGUCCAUGGCAGAUAAGAUCCCAGUGUCUGGUUUUAAUCAGGAGAAGGUAAAGGUGGUCUACUAUAGAGCAAUGUAUCCCUUUGAGGCCCGCAGUCAUGAUGAGAUCACCAUCCAUCCUGGAGACAUAGUGAUGGUGGAUGAGUCUCAGACAGGUGAGCCUGGAUGGUUAGGAGGAGAGAUUAAAGGGAAGACUGGCUGGUUUCCUGCCAAUUAUGCGGAGAAGAUUCCAGAAUCUGAAGUUCCACUGAGUUUGAGGGCCAGCACCGCUUCUAGCUCUGCCCCUAAAUUGGGUUCUCACAUGUCAUCCACUUCUUCAUCGACCACGACCACGCCCAUUCAGCCAGUCUCCACAGAGCCUGCAUCGAUAGCCCCGCCCUCCUCAGCCCCACCCCCCACAGGUCCCGCCUCCUCUUCCUCAGCAUCCAGCAACUGGGCAGAUUUCAGCACUACAUGGCCCUCUAAUUCUGCUGUGGAGAAGCAAGACAGCGAUGGAUGGGAUGCAUGGCCGACUCAGCCCACUCAGCCAUCUCUGUCAGUGCCCAGUGGAGGGCAGAUCAGACAGCGAUCUGCUUUCACUCCUGCUACACUGUCCGGCUCUUCGCCCUCACCUGUCCUUGGACAGGGUGAGAAGGUGGAGGGUCUGCAGGCUCAGGCGUUGUACCCGUGGAGAGCCAAGAAAGACAAUCAUCUAAACUUCAACAAAAACGACGUGAUCACUGUACUGGAGCAGCAGGACAUGUGGUGGUUUGGGGAGGUGCAAGGGCAGAGAGGAUGGUUCCCCAAAUCUUAUGUCAAACUCAUCUCUGGGCCUGUCCGGAAAUCUAUGAGUAUUGAGUCUGGCUCUUCAGACAGCCCUCCCAGUGUAAAAAGACCCAGUCCCUCUUCAAACAAACCCACAGAGCUCGGAGAAGGUCAGAAUUCCAACAGCAACUCAAUGUAUCCAUCAAAAGAGUAUGUGGCCAUGUAUACAUAUGAAAGCAAUGAGCAGGGUGACUUGACCUUCCAGCAAGGUGAUGUCAUUACGGUCACCAAGAAAGAAGGAGAUUGGUGGACCGGCACUGUGAGCGGGAAGAUCGGAGUCUUUCCAUCCAAUUAUGUCAAACCUAAAGAAUCAGAGGGUUUGGGAUCUGCUGGGAAAACAGGAAGUUUAGGGAAGAAACCAGAGAUUGCCCAAGUCAUCGCCCCAUACACGGCCACCGGUGCAGAGCAGCUCACUUUAGCACCAGGCCAGCUCAUUCUCAUUCGCAAGAAAAACCCGGGAGGUUGGUGGGAAGGAGAACUUCAGGCAAGAGGAAAGAAGCGCCAGAUUGGCUGGUUUCCUGCUAAUUAUGUCAAAUUAUUGAGUCCCAGUACCAGUAAGACAACACCCACAGAUCCCAACCCACCCAAGCUGCCGACACCCAAUGCAGUGUGCCAGGUGAUUGGCAUGUACGAUUACACGGCUCAGAAUGAUGACGAGCUGCCUUUCGGGAAGGGCCAAAUCAUCAAUGUGUUGAGCAGAGAGGAUCCCGACUGGUGGAAAGGAGAGUUGAAUGGAUCUGUCGGCCUCUUCCCUUCAAACUACGUCAAGCUGACCACCGACACAGACCCCAGCCAACAAUGGUGUGCUGAUCUCCACCUGCUCGACAUGCUGACCCCAGUGGAGCGGAAGAGACAGGGAUACAUUCAUGAGCUUAUUGUUACAGAGGAGAACUAUGUCAAUGACCUGCAGCUGGUCACUGAGACCUUCCAGAAGCCUCUGCUGGAGUCUGAUUUGUUGACUGAGAAGGAGGUUGCUAUGAUCUUUGUCAACUGGAAAGAGCUGACCAUGUGCAACAUUAAACUGCUCAAGGCGCUGCGGGUGAGGAAGAAGAUGUCAGGUGAGCGGAUGCCGGUGAAGAUGAUUGGUGACAUCCUGACAGCUCAGCUUCCUCACAUGCAGCCGUACAUCCGCUUCUGCAGCUGCCAGCUCAACGGCGCCACCCUCAUUCAGCAGAAAACCGACGAGGUGCCCGAAUUCAAAGAGUUUGUGAAGAGAUUGGCGAUGGACCCUCGCUGUAAGGGAAUGCCGCUGUCCAGUUUCCUUCUCAAACCCAUGCAGAGAGUCACCCGAUACCCCCUCAUCAUCAAAAACAUUUUAGAGAACACUCCAGAAAGCCACCCGGACCACAGUCACCUGCGUCUGGCUCUGGAGAAAGCAGAAGAGCUGUGCUCGCAGGUCAAUGAAGGCGUACGGGAGAAAGAAAACUCAGACCGGCUGGAGUGGAUCCAGGCACAUGUGCAGUGUGAGGGACUGUCAGAGCAACUUGUGUUUAACUCCGUAACAAACUGUCUGGGCCCUCGGAAGUUCCUGCACAGUGGAAAACUCUACAAAGCCAAGAGCAACAAGGAGCUUUACGGCUUCCUUUUUAACGACUUCCUGCUCCUCACACAGAUUAUUAAACCUCUGGGCUCAUCCGGGACAGACAAGGUCUUCAGUGCGAAAUCCCACCUGCAGUAUCGCAUGUACAAAACGCCCAUCUUUCUCAAUGAGGUGCUAGUGAAGCUGCCUACUGAUCCCUCGGGAGAUGAACCCAUUUUUCACAUAUCUCACAUCGAUAGAGUCUACACUAUACGGGCUGAGAGCAUCAACGAAAGGACGGCUUGGGUACAAAAAAUCAAAGCUGCUUCUGAGCUCUUCAUCGAAACCGAAAAGAGGAAGAGAGAGAAAGCCUACUUGGUGAGGUCUCAGAGGGCCACUGGCAUCGGGCGGCUAAUGGUCAACAUUGUUGAAGGCAUCGAGCUGAAGCCCUGCCGCUCAAAUGGUAAGAGUAACCCAUACUGUGAGGUGACGAUGGGCUCUCAGUGUCACGUCACCAAGACCCUUCAGGACACUCUGAACCCCAAGUGGAACUCAAACUGCCAGUUCUUCAUCAAAGACCUGGAGCAGGACGUGCUGUGUGUCACUGUGUUUGAGAGGGAUCAGUUCUCCCCGGACGAUUUCUUGGGCAGGACGGAGAUUCGGCUGGCCGACAUCAAGAAGGACCAGGGCUCGAAGGGUCCCAUCACCAAGCGUCUGCUUUUACACGAAGUCCCGACGGGAGAGAUUGUGGUGCGACUGGACCUGCAGCUCUUCGAUGAACCCUGAGCGCAUUAUUUAACCCGACCUUUUUGACCCCACAGAUACCACAUCCCUCAUUCCUCCGUGGUGAAGCCCACCAGCCUAAUGUGACAAUCCCCCAGCGUCAUGAAUCCCAGUGCGUGAAUGUGUGUGUAUCCGCACAAGCGUCUGUGAGUCCGCUAAAUGCUGUAACAGUCUUACCGAGUGAUCCCGACUGGAUUUUUUAUUGUCCAUUUUAAGACAAGUCGAGUGUGUGUGCGCAAAUGAAAACAGGACGUGCUGUAAAAACUGUGUGCGAUGGAUGCUGCAAGUCUUAAAGAGUCGUUUUAAUGAGCUCUAAUGAACAGUAGUGCCAUUUGAUGCAAUAUUCUUAAAGCUCUUGAUUUUAGAAUAUACCGAAUUAUUCUAGAACAGGGGUGUCCAAGCUCUGUCCUGGAGGGCCAGUGUCCUGCUUAGUUUAGCUCCAACUUCCUUUAACACACCUGCCUGGAAGUUUCUAGUACACCUAGAAAGAGCUUGAUUAGCUGGUUCAGGUGUGUUUAAUUGAGGUUGGAACUAAAAUAUGCAGGACACCGGCCAUCCAGGACCGAGUUUGGACACCCCUGUUUUAGAAUAAUGACACGUUCCAAAUGAUGUGCCAUUCUGGUGAAUGGGUGAAUCUCAUGAAAAUGUAUUACUGUCAAUCCAAUCUCAUAACUGUGAGUUAUUAUUGAAUUAUUUAUGCGUCAUGGUAGUCUGCUUGCUUGUAAUUUAUAUUGAUUUAUAUUUUUUAAAGAUGUAAUUUAUUAAACCUACGGUAAUAUGAGAUGAUCAUCCUGAAAGCAGGCCUCGCUUUUAUUUAAUGCAAAACAUGACAUGUUUUCGUGAGAUUCACCUUUAUUAUCGCCGUUCAUCAUUUUAUUCCAUAUCUUCAGUUCCUAACACUAAAAACCCAGGUUUUGCUGGCAAACCUCUGUAGUGUCGAUCAAUAUUCAUCUAUUUUUACUGAAAGACACCGGUGAUGGGAUGUAGAUGUUUUCGAGGGUCUAUUAAAUGUGAGCUAGUCUCAAGAUAUGGCCGCAAACGCUCCACGGAAAGACUGUUUUGAUAUAUAUAUACGCAAAAGUGAACGAUGAAAGGAAAAUUGCUCUGUUUAUGUCUUUUCUACUUUUAUUUAUUAUUACGUUGUUGAAAUUGAGACUCAUCUCAGAGGCCGACAGAAAUACCCCAUCAGAACGAAGCUUUUACCUGUAAGAUGUCAAAUAUACAGCGGGGGAAAUAAGUAGUGAACACAUCACCUUUUUUUUCAGAAAACAUUUCUAAAGGUGCUGUUGACUCAUCAACCAGAUGUUGAUAGCAACCAAAGAAAUCCAUAUAUAGAAGGAAAACAAAUCUAAUUAGUUUAAAAAUUAAGUUAUACGUAAUAAAAUGAAAUGACACUGGAAAAAUAUACUAAACACAUGAAGAAAGGAAGGUGUAGAAUUGGCAGUGAAAGCCCAGACAGCAGCUGAAAUCUCUCACUAGUUCUUCAGCAACUCUUCAGCCCUUCGUCAUUGUUGGUUAAUAUUCGCUGCUUCAGUCCAACAUCUACAUCACCAAUAAUUUUUAUGUUUAUAAUGUUUGGGUUCUUACCAAAUUUGGUUCAAUUCCACUUCAACGGCUCCUUAAGAAAUAUUAUUCCCAGGAAAAAUGACGUGUUCAAUACUUAUUUUCCCCACUGUAUCGCUGAAAUGUCCCAUCAUAACUGGUUUUAGCAAUUAUUCACCUGAAUGUUCGUAUUCAGCUCCUCCUUGAUGUAGUUUUUAGUGGUACACCACAAAGUCAACUAUUUAAUUAAUAUAUAGUACUAUAUUUAAGUUUUAUGCCGCAUUACUAAUGAAUUUGCGUCUCAUUUUUGACUAUUUGUUGUUUUAUUUUAUUAUCAUCAUCGUGCUGUUGUUAGGCAUUAGUGAUCAACACUGUAGCUUUGUCAUAUUUGUACAAAAUAAGAGAUAUUUUGUGUUUUUUAUUUGCAAAAAAUGGGAUAUGGUGGUUUAAAGGUUUGGAAAGCAUGUUAAAACAAUCUUAAAUGAGCAAAAGGGAUCAAUCUUCACCCAUAUCUGCUGCAAACGUCCAGAUAUGUUCUAGAACAGUGUUUCUCAACCAUGUUCCUGGAGGACUACCAGCACUGCAUGUUUUGCAUGGCUCCGUUGUCACACUCAUUACAGGUCUUUCAGUCUCUGCUAAUGAGCGGACGAUCUGAAUCAGGUGUGGUUGAUUAAAGAGACAUGGGCUGUGUCUGAAAUCGCAAACUUCCAUACUAUAUAGUACGCUAAAAACAGUAUGCGAGCCAAGUGGUAUGUCCGAAUUCAUAGACUUCGAAAAGCAGUAUGCGAGAAGUACUGAGAUGACUUACUACUUCCGCUGAGACUCUGAAGUGUGCAUCUGAUAGACGCUAAUUCAUGAAUUGGAGUGAAGCAACACAACUGAUAUGGGUAGGUCACAUGAUCAUCACAAAUGGCAGAUGUAGUAAGUCAGAGUUGCAUUCAUACUACUCACAGUCAUACUGUGGAGAACGUACUUUCCUAAUGGCAGAGUAGUACAUUAAAAGAGCCCCUAUUAUGCAUUAAAAAGGGUAUUAUUUUGGUUUUGGGGGGUCUCCAACAACAGUCUGAUAUAUGCAUGCAAGGUCAAAAAACACUUUCAUUGUCUUAUAAUAUGCAUUUAUUUUGACCUAAUUAACCCAGCGACUCCCAUAUAAUUCGUUUAGCGAUUCAUUUGUUCCUUAACUCUGCCUUGGCACUAUGCUAAUCUGCUUUGAUUGGUCUGAUGACCCAGUCUGUUGUGAUUGGUCAACUGCAUUCAGCGUGUGACAGAGAGAAAUGGCCACCACAGCUUAAAAACUAUUUUUCAACGUGGCUUUAGACGCGAUAUGAGAAUAAAAAGAGUUAACCAGAUAGAGUACAAGCAGUUACAAGUAACAAAACACAAUUAAAUACACAAUUUGCAAGCGAAAGAAAACAAGGAGGCGACCAUUUUAAUCGCACUUACUUACACUUGUGAAAUGGAGGAAGAAACUGAU